AUGACGGGCGAAACACUCCCAGGUCGACCUGGCACAUUGACUGCACACGAAGAGGAGAAAUUACGAGAAUUCUGGGUUGCCACUCUACAAGUCUUUGGCGUACUUGAUCCUCACGCAGACACCAAUGGAACCAGUGGCGAUUCGGAAGUGAGCAAUGGCAACGUAAAAUCGGAUACCUCGGCUUCUGAGAAGCCUAAGAAGAAGAGAUUCUCUGCUCUGCGUAGGAAACAUAAGGAUGAUGAUUCAGCAUCUACGAAAUCUUCGAGCACUGCAUCGCGCAUCUCGAAUGCUUCUGAUGCGGAGGAUAAAUAUGGACAAACUAAGGAAUUCCACGAUGCCUUGGCUAGUCUGCCACCGGCAUCUAUUCGUGCGGCGUUCUGGAGUAUGGUGAAAUAUGAUCAUCCAGAUGCACUUCUAUUGCGGUUCUUGCGAGCCAGAAAAUGGGAUGUGGAUAAGGCAUUGGUCAUGAUGAUUUCCACCAUGAGAUGGAGGGCUUCGGAUAUGCAUGUAGAUGAUGAUAUCAUGAAAAAUGGAGAAUUGGGUGCUCUUGAAGAUGAGAAGGGAACUGAUGCUGAAAAGAAGAAGCAGGCAGAGGGAUUCCUUAUGCAAAUGCGUUUGGGGAAGAGUUUUUUGCAUGGGAAAGAUAAAGCCGGGAGACCAAUGUGCUUUGUGAGAGCUCGCUUACACAAGCAAGGCGAGCAGACAGAUGAGAGUUUAGAGAAAUAUACAGUUUUUGUUAUAGAAUCGGCUAGGAUGCUCUUGGAGCCACCGAUAGACACUGCUGACUAUGCACCCGUCAAAUUCAUGAUCAAAUGUUUCGAAGCCAACUAUCCGGAAUGUCUUGGUGUAGUAUUGGUCCAUAGAGCGCCAUGGGUAUUCCAAGGCAUCUGGAAAAUCAUCCGAGGCUGGCUCGAUCCUGUCGUAGCAAGCAAAGUACACUUCACAAACAACGUAGAAGAAAUGUCGGAAUUCGUCGCCCGCUCUCAAAUCCUCAAAGAACUAGGCGGCGACGAAGACUGGGAAUACAAAUUCGUAGAACCCAUUCCGGGCGAAAAUGAUAAGAUGAAAGAUACAGCAACGAGAGACAAACUUCUCACCGGAAGAGAAGCAAUCGUAGGUAAAUAUGAAAAAGCUACAAUCGAAUGGAUCAAUUCCGAAGGAAACAAACCGGAUCUCAAGAGUAAGAGAACCGAAUUGGCAAAGGAAUUAAGAGACGAUUAUUGGAAAUUGGAUCCCUAUGUCAGAGCGAGGAGUUUGUAUGAUCGAGUUGGCGUGGUGAAUGCGGGGGGAAAAUUGAAUUUUUAUCCGAAGGUUAAGGGGUCAGAGACUCAGACUCCGGUUGCAACGUCGAAGGUGGAAACUUCGACGGAUGAUAUUGAUUAG